AUGGAACUAGUGUUUCCCGUGACAGGCCAUUCUUUCAUGCCGCCUGAUCGAGUUUUCGGCAAUAUUGAAAAAAGUAUCCGAAAAAUGGAGAUCAUCACUUCUCCAGAAGUGCACGUCGAUGUAAUUAGUCAACACUCUACAGUUACGAAACUACGAGAUAUACCCGUGCUUGACUGGAAAACUUCUAUUCACAGUAUCGUAAAAACACCGGCUCAAAUCCACUUCAAAAUUUCUCAGUGUAAAAGAUUUAUUAUUCGAAGAUCCAAAACUCAAGGAAGUGUGUUGGUACGUGGUGAAUUGUAUUACAAUUCUGACAUGGGACACCCCAAAAGUUUGUGUAAAGCAGGCAAAAAAGCUGAAGCUAUACGACCAACAAUAAUUCCUUCUGGCAUAGAAGUGAAUCCACUAAAGUUGCGAGAUGUCAGAAACCUUCUUCAAAAACACUAUGGUGACUCUUGGAAAGAUCUUGCACAUUUAAGAUAUUUCCACGCCGUGUUGAAUACUCGACAAAGAUGA